AUGGAUGCAGCUACCUUGACGUAUGACACACUUCGCUUUGGAGAAUUUGAAGAUUUUCCCGAGACCUCAGAGCCUGUGUGGAUCCUGGGGAAAGAAUACAGUGCACUCACAGAAAAAGAUGAGAUUUUGUCAGACGUCACUUCCCGGCUGUGGUUCACAUACAGAAAAAACUUCCCACCGAUUGGGGGCACUGGACCGACAUCAGACACAGGAUGGGGAUGUAUGUUACGGUGUGGCCAGAUGAUCCUGGGAGAGGCCUUGGUGUGUCGACACUUGGGCAGAGACUGGAGAUGGGCCAAAGGUCAAAAACAACGAGAGGAGUACAUAAGUAUUCUUAAUGCCUUCAUUGACAAAAAAGACAGCUAUUAUUCCAUCCAUCAGAUCGCUCAAAUGGGAGUCGGAGAAGGAAAGCCUAUAGGCCAGUGGUAUGGACCAAACACAGUCGCACAAGUUCUAAAGAAGCUGGCAGUGUUUGAUACAUGGAGCAGACUAGUCGUACACGUUGCAAUGGACAACACUGUGAUCAUCGAAGAGAUCAAGCGUCUUUGUAUGCCCUGGCUGGACCUAGCAGGAGCAUGUAGUGAAUCAGAGGGAGUUGGGGAGCUAAACGGCUGCCUGGAGGGGGCCUGUGCCCUGGCUGAGGAAGAGACGGCUCUCUGGAAACCUCUUGUCCUGCUUAUUCCCCUCAGGCUGGGCCUGAGUGAUAUAAAUGAGGCCUACAUUGAAACCCUUAAGCAAUGCUUCAUGCUGCCUCAGUCCCUUGGUGUUAUUGGGGGAAAACCCAACAGUGCCCAUUACUUCAUUGGUUAUGUUGGAGAGGAGCUCAUUUAUUUAGACCCACACACCACACAGCCUGCAGUGGAGCCAUAUGAAGACAGCCAGGUCCCCGAUGAGACGUACCAUUGUCAGCACCCACCCUGCCGCAUGCACAUCUGUGAACUGGACCCAUCCAUAGCAGCGGGUUUCUUCUGCAGAACAGAGGACGAGUUUGACGACUGGUGUAUGCGCAUAAGACGGCUGUCCUGUAAGAGAGGGGGCCUGCCCAUGUUUGAGUUAGUAGACAGUCAGCCUGCCCACAUGGUCAGCGUGGAUGCCCUCAACCUUACUCCUGAUUUCUCAGAUUCCGACAGAUUGGAGCGAUUCUUUGAUUCAGAAGAUGAAGAGUUUGAGAUCCUGUCCUUGUGA